AUGGGUCAGCUCUUCUCUGACACAUCUAAGAAUGAAGACAAUGGAGAUUUGGUGUCCAGCUUCAAUGCAUAUUUUAAAAACAUUAACACAGAAAACAAAAUCAUUUCUCAGGAAUUCAUGGUUUUAAUAGAGUUAUGCGUGAACAUAGGAAACAUUCACUGUGCAAACACUUUAAUCAGAGAAGCAUUAAAAAUUAUUGAUAAUGCCCCAAUAAAUAUUGCUGUGACAGGAGAGUCUGGAGCAGGGAAAUCCAGCUUCAUCAAUGCCCUGAUAGGGAUUGGACCUGAAGAGGAAGGGGCAGCUGAAGUUGGGGUAAUAGAGACAACUAUAAAGAGAACUUCUUACAAACAUCCCAAAAUUGAAACGUUGAUCUUAUGGGACUUGCCUGGUAUUGGAACUCAGAAAUUCCCACCAAAAACUUAUCUGGAGGAAGUGAAAUUCAAAGAAUAUGAUUUCUUCAUUAUUGUUUCUGCCACACGUUUUACAAAACUUGAACUAGACCUCGCCAGAGCAAUCAGAAUUAUGAAAAAGAAUUACUACUUUGUGAGAACCAAGGUGGACAUGGAUGUAGAAAAUGAAAGGAAAUCCAAAUCACGUACUUUUGACAGAGAAAAGACCCUGAAGCAGAUCCAAAGCUAUUCUGUGAAAACCUUUAAUGAAAAUAACAUGACUGUACCACCAAUUUUCUUGAUCUCUAACUAUGAUUUAUCUGGCUAUGAUUUUCCAGUCCUGAUGGACACCCUGAUUAAGGAUCUCCAUGUUCAUAAGCGCCACAAUUUUAUGCUUUCCCUGCCUAACUUUACAGAGGCAGUCAUUGACAGAAAGCACAAGGCUAUACAGCAGUUUAUCUGGUUAGAAGCCUUCAUAUUUAGAGUUUUGGCAACUUUUUCUGUAGUGAGCAUCGUCAGGGAUAAUGAUGUGGAGAAGCUGAAGAAGAAUUUAAACCACUAUCGAAAACUCUUUGGGGUGGAUGAUGAAUCCCUGGAGUUAAUGGCUAAGGAUUUCCAAGUGCCUGUUGAACAAGUAAAAGAAAUAAUGAAGUCUCCUCAUUUGUUGAAGACUAACAGAGAAGAAACACUCGAAGAAAAACUUUUGAAAUACUCAGAGAAAGUUGCAUCAGCUAAUGAUGAGCUCCUUCCUACAGGUCUUUACUUCUGUGGAAACUUUUAUUUACAAUUUCAUUUCCUUGACACAGUGACUGAAGAUGCCAAAGUUCUCCUUCGAUGGACAUAUUCAAAAACUAGUUCAAACUCAACUUAUCCAUAA